CACGUCUGUCCCCCUUCCGGUGUCGUCCGGUUACUGCGGCGGAUGUUGAUGUUUGUGUCGGAGCUCUCUGAACGAUGUGAACUGUACCGUCUCCGGUACGGGUUGAUAUUUACUGAGGUUGUCUUCGCGGUUCUCUGUGUACUCUUCUUCCCGGUGAGGUUCCCGCUGUUCGUCGGCACUGUGUCUCUCCCGGUGUCGCUCCCGGGAAGCGCGAGGCCGCGUCGUGCGAUGAUGGAGGACUUUGACGAGAUCUACGAAGAGGAGGAGGAGGAAGAGGAGGACGAGGACAGGGCCGCGGAGGAGCAGCUCCUCAAGUACGCUCCGGACCCGGUGGUGGUGCGAGGGUCCGGCCACGUCACUGUGUUUGGGCUUAGUAACAAAUUCGAGUCAGAAUUUCCUUCAGCACUUACGGGAAAGGUGGCACCAGAGGAAUUCAAAGCCAGUAUAAACCGUGUAAACAGCUGCCUGAGAAAGACGCUGCCAGUGAAUGUGCGGUGGCUCCUGUGUGGCUGCCUCUGCUGCUGUUGCACAUUGGGCUUCAGUUUGUGGCCUGUGAUCUGCCUCAGCAAGAGGACAAGAAGAUCUAUAGAGAAACUUCUGGAGUGGGAGAACAGCAGACUUUACCACAAAUUGUGUUUGCAUUGGAAACUAAGCAAAAGGAAGUGUGAAACCAACAACAUGAUGGAAUAUGUAAUCCUAAUAGAGUUCUUACCUAAGAUCCCCAUCUUCAGACCGGACUAGCCCCACUGCAGCUGAUCUUAAACCUCCACUGCUGCACCACAUUGGCUGUCAGGCUCCUGAGUAAUUACCCUUCCCAAAAUACUCCCAAUAUUUUUGUUUACAGGGUAGCAUUGAUCCCCCACCCCGUUCUCCCGCACAUACCUUCUCUACACCCUUGUUUACAAAUCCAGCAUCCCAACACCAUUGAACCAUGACCUAUCAGGCGAGCUGGCACACUGUCAAGCCAUGCGAACCGACACCAGCCUGUGGGAUGUCAGGGCAGAACCAGCCAUGGGGAGCAUUAUGGAUUUUGGAGACCAGACUCUCUAAUUGAGUUCUGUGAGCUGCAACUGGAAUUUUGACACUUGUUUGUUCCCUAUUCAAGCACAUGGCACAGUCAGACCAUGACAAAACAAAAACUGUCACACCGUUAACUUCACCUGCAAAAAAAGCAAAAAAACAAAACAAAACAAAGACACCCCAGUGCUUUUGUAACAGUUGGCUUGGUGCCCUAGGUCAUUACUAGAGGCUGUGGAGGCAACAAAACCUGGAACCUUCAUCCAAGUCGACUGUGCAGUGGGAAGACUGGUCUUAAAGGAACAUGUUGGGCCAGUGGCCAGAACAGCAGAGCUCAAUAAUGUCACUCUUCUUAUCAACUACCAGACAUCCUUAUCCCCUCGCCUCCUUUCAUAUCUCAGCACACUUCACUGUGCAUCACCCUAACCCAGUGACAAUCACACACUGACUGUACUCUCCGUAGUAUGAAUGGGUCUUAAUGCUACACAGUUUGCCUGGAACAAGUUGUUUUCAAGAUUAUGUGUGUCCAGGUGAUGGGCUGGCUGCCUAGCAACUGCUUCUGCGUCGUAGUGGAACAAGUAACCUUGACAGAAGGCCACUAGUGAUGAAGAAAAUAAAUCCUUUUUUCUGUAUAUCUUUUUUUUUUUUUUUUUUUUAAAGUAUCUCCUGUUUUGUUGACUGGUGAAAGAGAGGCAGUCUGUGAUUGCAAAACUGUGUGUGUGUCUGAGAGAGAGAAACAAGCAAAAAAGAGAAAAAUCAGACAUGAAGAGAUGCAGGGUUCUUUCUGUGACGCGUUUCUUUUUGCCAUAACCGAUCUUUGUUACUUUUGUUGUAAUUAUUUAUAAAUGCGAGAGUGCGCGUAUAAUAAUGUGCAUUUGUGAAAUAGGCCUCAGUUUGUUUGUUUGUUCUUGCAAAAAGUAUGCCAUGGUUGUUUCCUUUUUGUCUUUAUAGUCAUGUGUCAACACUAAAGCACACAGUGGCUUUGUCCUAAACACCUUCACGUGGCCACUCUUCCUUAUCUGCUGACAUUGGCUUACUUAUGAGUGUUCGAGUUAAGUUAUGAGAAGGUUCCUCUGUUUUCGAUAUAAUCUGACUCAUUGCAUUCGGAGUUCUGGAGUGACCAAGUCCUCUUUAUUAGGAUGUUAUAUAGUAACAGGGUUCUGUAUCAGAAAGCAGGAUUACUGAAGUUAGUUUGAUAACUGCAUCUACAACUGAGUAAAACCAGACUACUCCCAAAUCAGGAACUUGCACUGAUCAGUAUUUUUAUAUUAACAACGUAAAAUGACAAUGUGUAAUGUGAAUGGGGUUCUCCUCAGUUGUAUUUGUUUUAGUAUCUUUAAGCUCGUUGUUUUGAUUUUCUGGCUUGCAGCUCGACUGUUCAUUCAGAGGUAAAAGGGGAGUGGAUACAUUCAUCGGGUGGCCAGAAACACAACUCUAAAUUAAUAAUAAUGAUGCUCUGUCUAUAUGUAAAUUUGCCAACAAGUUCCCAUAUCACAUCACAUCACAUAUCAACCCUAUAAAGUAAUAACAUGUCAAUUAAUACUGGUUUAAGUAAAAAGAUGUGUUCCAGGCCCUGUGUAGAUCAAUUAUCUAGCUAACUAACAAUACUGCUUCUUGAUGAAGGCUUAAGACAAUUUUUUAAACUGUUGACAUGUUAUAUAAAAGCACAUGUCAGUUUAAUGAAACAUACAACCAUUUCCUGGCAUUAGUAGAGAAGGCAGAACAGAAAAAGAUGGCCCUUUUGAAUAUGGUAUAGAUAUAGUUUUUCCCUCUCAGAACACCUCUUGAUUUGUGGGGGAAAAAAAACAUACUAAGAUUGAACAAAGCUACUUAGAUUUAGGUCACACAGCUCUGGUGAUUGUAUGAGUCACACUCAGGGGAUUAUACUAGAUAAACAACAAAAUGUAGCAUUGGAAAAUUCACUGUCAGAUAUAUUCCAGAGUCACACCAGGGGCUCAAGCAUACCAUACAGAUGACUUGAAUAAUUGUAAAAUUAUGCUUUCGGAGUUUGUUUUGAAAUUGAAAAAAUGCCCCCUUAGAAAAAGACAACUAACCUUUCUGUGGUCUUCCUGUUUAGAAAGUAAAGGAAGCACAUAUUCCACAGACCCACAAAGAUUUGUGUUGGUUUAUAUGUACAAAAACAACAACAACAACAACAACAGCUUAUUCACUUGAUUACCACUGGGUUGCCUAUUGGUUCAUCAGUCGCUUUUCUAUAUUUUUGAUUGUGGUCUGUUCUAUGUAAAUCAAGGCAUAAGGCCAUAUGCAGAUAUUUGUGGUGUGUGUGCGCGUAUGCGUGUAUGUACACGGUGUGUGCAGAUGCAAAUGUUCUUCGUAGAUCUCAGACUGUGAUUGAACCCUGCACAGAAAAUGAGUCCUUUUUAUAUAAUCUGGAGUGUUUUGUGUGUUUGUGUGUAUGAGGGAGAGAAAGAUAUAUGUACAUAUGACUCAUGAGCAGGUGUAUGUACAGUAAUAAACUACCAAUAAACAAGGCUAUGGGCAUCCUCCAUGUAA